AUGGCGAGCGACAUCCCAAAGCCCCCGGAGGUGCCGAGCUGGGCGCCUCGGCUGCUCCCACACCGCGAUUCCAGGACAGAAAUCAAGGCAUUGACACACACCCGGCAUGCGGACCGAGGGCAGGCGCGGAUUCACACGGAGAACGAGCGGAGACUGAGCCUCACCUUUGUUUUCACACGUAUCCAACGCGAGCUGAGCUGUUUCCUCCCCAAAGAGCCAUGUUCUCCCCCUGGAAGCCUUAUUUCACCCCAGCGCCGGCACUGCCAGCUGGGCAUUGGCACUGCCCCACGCCGCACUGAUGGGGAGAGGCGGGGCGGGCGAGGCCUCUACCAAGAUGGUGCCCCCCCCCCCCCCCCCCCCCCCCCCCGGCGAGGCCGCCAUGUUGGGGAGGUCGGCGCUGAGGCGGAGGCCGGUCCCCGUCCCGCUCCCUCAUGCGCAGCCCCGCGGGGCGCAGCUGAGGCGCGGGAGGCGCUCUGCCCGCAGGGCCCACCCUCAGCGCCUGCUGCAGCCCCGCCGUGUCCCUGCGUACCCUCAGAGAGCCGGAGCCUUCGGUGGCUCAGCAGGGAGGCGGGAUGUGACCUGUUGCCGGAGGGCUGUGGUACCUCUCUUCCCGUGGAGACGUGCGUCCCACAUGGAGGAUUCUCCAGCGUCCCGAGCCGAGGGGAUGCUCCGGAGGCCUCAGGGAGAGCCGGGAUUGCCGGGGAGGAGCCGUGCCAUGUCCCAGGUGCCUCCUGCAGGGCUGGCAUAAGCCGGGAGAAGCCACGGGAUGUGUCCCAGGAAAUAGACAGACGAUUGGAAAAGAAGCUGAAGAUCACACAGAAGGAAAGCAGCAGAAAGUCCAGGUCCCCUCCCAAGGUGCCGAUGGUGAUCCAGGACGACAGCCUUCCCGCGGGGCCGCCGCCGCAGAUCCGCAUCCUCAAGCGGCCGGCCACCAACGGCGUGCUCAGCAGCCCGCUCUCCGCCAGCCGCCCCGCCUUCCCCGUCAAGUCGCUGGCGCAGCGCGAGGCCGAGUACGCCGAGGCCAGGAAACGCAUCCUGGGCAGCGCCAGCCCCGAGGAGGAGCAGGAGAAGCCCAUCCUGGACAGGCCGAGGAUCUCGCAGCCCGAGGACACCAGGCAGCCCAACAAUGUGAUCCGGCAGCCGCUGGGCCCCGAUGGCUCGCAGGGCUUCAAGCAGCGCAGAUAGAGGCGGAGGCGCCGUUCUGCCGGCACGGACACACGGACCCGGGCCAGGGGACCUCCCGGGGUGAUUUGCACUGUGACCCUUUUGCUCUGCCCACUGUGACCUUCAGCCCCACGCACUGUGACCUCCCCUCUCCACCCACUGUGAGCGGCGAUCCCAGCAGGGCUGUCCCCGCAGCCAGGGGACACGAGGGGCCGUGCCGGACUCGGCUGGGCGCAGGGAGCUGUGCGUGUCCCGCCCGGGUCGGAGCGAGCGCCAGCAAUAACUUCUGUUGGACUCAAAACCUGGCAUUUAAGGAAAGAAAAAAAAAAAAAAAAAACCCCCAAAAAAAAAAAAAAAAAAAAAAAGAAGAUGGGAAGCCUCCCCAGCCACCACGCAUGUUGUCCUCAUCACUUCCAGAACGAGUUCUGUUUCCAAGGAUUUUAGGUUCUUUUAUUUGGUUUUCUGUUUGUUUUCUGUUUGCUUUCUGUAUCUUGGAUCGGCGGAGUGCAUGGGAAGGAUUUGAGCUGUUUGUUUGAAUCCAGAGAGGUAGCUGAGUGUUCUGAAGGGAAUUCCAAGGGAUUUCCAUGAAUGUGAUGGCUUGAAGAUGACAAGCUCAUGCUUCUCCCUCUCCAUUUCCACUGCCAUGGAAGCGAACUCCUGGAUACCCCCAGAUACCUCGGAGUGGGACCCAGUUCACAUCUUGGCCCCCGUUAAUGGCCCCUUGAUUCCCUGCUGGCUUUGAGGAAAAGCUUAAAAUACAUCCUUUUUGGGUUCUUUUGUAUUUGGGGAGAAGGGAAUGCAGCGUGACCCCAUGAAAAUGCCUGCUGUCCGGCCACAAAGGGCCGGGCGGUGAAGAAUCUGGGAGAUGAGGAGGAGAGGCUCUGGCUGUGACGUGGGGCAGUGGGAUAUCCCAAGGGUCCGGCCCCGGUGGCGCAGGGACGGUACGAGCUCUCCCAGAGUGGCAGAGCUGGGAACCAGACCAGCCCUGGAGAAAGCCUAGAUGAUUCCUCCAUCUCUCUGGAGGCAGCGAGGCUUCAGGGAAGGGAUUGUCCUACUCUGGCUCCCAGGAAGAGGACGGGGAGGCUGCUGCUCCCCAGGAAUGGAGAUGUUCCCUCCUGGAUGAAGCUGAGGAUCACUCGAUGUCAGGGGAUUGGAUGAACUGGAUGAACACUAAAUGCUCUUCCCGGAGGGGCCAGGACCUGAAAACCUGGGUGGUUCCCGAUGGAUCCCAUCGGAGUGCUGCCUUCAGUAGGUCUGAGGGGGAACGAGCCAAUCUUGAUGUGCACAAAAAGCCUUGUGUGGAAUGAGGCUGAAAUCCCACAGAAGCAGGAAAACAGAAACUACCUGUGUAUCCAAGCGACCCGCUGGAACCUUACCGAGCUCCUGGCAGCUGAUUCCGGGUGGGGUGGGAUUCCCCUGGGAUUCCCCCUAGGAUCCUGCUGACUUUUGGGGGAUCUCACUCAUCCCCCUCAGGCUGGGGGCCGGGACGAGCUCCAGGAGGGGGCAGGAGGGAGAAGGACGUCAGCAAUAACCGUAGUCACUGCGCCUUUCCUUAAUUAUUCCUAAAGAUAGCAUCGAAUAGCCAAAAACCUUCCGAAUCCACCGCAUUUCCGAUGCGGCCGGUCGGCGCCGCGCCGCUGCCUCCUCUGUGUCCAGCACCGAAAUUCCACCUCGGGCACCGAAAUGCCCUUUUUUCCAGCACUGAAACGCCCUUCUCCCGGCUGCUCCCUGCUGCUGCGCCGCGGUGCCGGGAGGCGGUGCCCAGGACACGUCCCGCCCGCGGGCAGGGCUCGGCGGCGUUCCUGCGGGAAGCGCCUUCAUCCCGAGGAGGGGGAGGAUGGACGCGGCACCGCGUGUUUCCGCCCCGAAAAAACAAACAAACAAACAAACAAACAAAAAAUAAAAC